AUGACGAUCCGUGCAGUGCUCAUUUUUAAUAACUAUGGGAAGCCACGGCUCACGAAAUUCUAUUCAAAACUUGCUGCGGAUCGACAGCAUGCGCUCAUUCAGCUCAUUUUCCAGCUGGUGAGCCGACGGAACGAUCGGACCGUGUGCAAUUUCCUCGACGCUCCGGAGCUUACACCGCUACUGCCGCCGCCGGUGAUGAAUGCGUGGACAAAAACCAGUACAUCCGAAGAAGUCAGCGUAUCUGAAACGAGUUCACUUUAUCCUGAUGACGACGAUAAAGGCUUUGACCCGUGGAUCCAAUACGAACGGACGCAGCAUGAGAUACCGAGAGAUAAAAAAUGCCGGUGGCGUCCCGACGAUGAGCUCCGCGUGAUAUACCGACACUAUGCAACGCUCUAUUUUGUCCUAGUCGUCGACCAAAGCGAGAGUGAACUUGGUAUACUGGAUUUGAUUCAGGUGAUUGUUGAGGCAUUAGAUCAAUGCUUCGAGAACGUAUGCGAGUUGGAUCUCAUUUUUCAUUUUGACCAAGUACAUGUCAUCAUCGAUCAUAUCAUUCAAGGCGGACUGGUCCUCGAGACAAAUAUUAACGAAACGGUGGCAGGAGCACAGACUGUGUUGCAAGCUUAUAAAAAUGCGUCUGGCGCCUCGGGCGGUGCGCUGAGUGCGUUCAGCGCCGCACAAAACGCUACAUCGCUGCUCGCGCCACAGGCUUUGCUGCAGCAAUGGAAUACUAUGUCCUUCAGUACACUUGCAGAGCGUGGAACGGAUGCAUUCGGUGUCCUGCAGCAGCUUGGAAGCCAAUAUUGGAGCUCGGAAGGCCUUGGUUCAAGCCGGCCACAGGGGCGAUCGUUUUGGAUUUAA